AUGUCCGAAAGGUACGAGGUGGCCGCAGGAGUCCCGCAGGGGUCCCCCCUCUCCCCAAUCCUCUUCCUUCUGUUUAUCUCAACACUCUACAAGAGGCUCGAGGUAGUAAGGGGGGCAAUCGUGGUAGGGUUCGCAGACGACACCAAUAUCCUGGCCGUAGCGGAGACGACGGAGGGUACCUGCGGCAUCCUAGCGGAGGCCUGGGGACACUGUGCAGGUUGGGCAGCAGAGAGGGGUAUGGAAUUCGAGCCAGCGAAGAGCGAACUAAUCCACUUUUCGAGAGCAAGGGCCCCGAUCGAGAAGACCCUAAGGAUCGGGGGGGAAGCUGAGGUACCGCGCACACCUCGCGGCGGUGAGGAAGAAGAUGAAGACCCAAACCUGUGCCCUAACAAGGCUCGCCGCAAAGACGUGGGGGUGUACCUUCGCGAGGGCGAGGGAGAUCUACUUGAAAGUGAUCCGCAGUGCGAUCGCGUAUGGAGCCUCAGCCUUCCACACCCCUACAGAGGUAGGGGUGUGGAAGGCGGGGCCGCAAAGGAACUCGCAAAGAUCCAAUCGGAGUGCCUCAGGGUGGUCGCUGGGGCCUACAAGGCUACCCCAAUACGGAGCUUGGAGACAGAAACCUGUUGCCCACCCAUCGACCUGUACCUCAACAGGAGGCUCCUUGCCUUCGAGGAUCGGGUUAGGAUAUCAGAGGAGGCGAGGCUAAUCCGCCAGACCCCUGCCACAAUCGCUGCGAUCCUGCGGCGGAAGCGCAGAAGGGGGAGAGGAAGACCUCGGCGGGAGGUAGCCGAUAUAGCAACGGCACCAGCGGAAAAGGGCUCAGGCGAAUGGAAGAAGAGGUGGGCACAGGAGUGGGACCCCCUCGAGUCAAGGCCGGAAAAGGAGGAGCUAGAGCCAGGGUCGACCGGCCCAGUACCAAACCACAAGAAACAGCUCGAGAGGUGGAUGGAGGAGGCAAUGAGAAGGGAGUGGAUUGGAAGAUGGGAGAGUGAGGUAGCUAGGGUGGUCGCUAGGAACCCGGGGCGGGCCCUCGAACCGGCCGAUGCGACCGCGCGGUUCGACGCCUCUAUCAUGAACCGACACCGGUCGAGGGACCCAGCCUGGGAGCUAUCGAAGGCGAAGAGUACUCUCCUAGUGCAAGCGAGGACUGGGAAGAUUGGGCUUCGAGGGUUCGUCUUUACUAGGAGGGUCCCCGGGGUAGUAACGCCGGUAUGCCGCUGCGGUAUGGCGCGCGAGACAUUCGAACACCUCGUACUCGAAUGCAACGGAGCCGCAGAUAAACCUCAUCCCUGGCCAGACGACGGCGCAGAGCUACUGGAGUGGCUAGAUGACGUGGAGAAGGCUGCCAUAGUGGUGGGGUGGGUGCUUGGGCUGGGGAGGCUGAACGAGUUCCGGCUGGCGGUAGAGCUGGAAAAUGAGAACAACGAAGAGGCCCGCGGCGGGGCCGAAGCGGAGUAG